CAGGAACAGGAGCGCCUGCUGAAAGGCAGCGGAGACCAGACCGCACAGCCAUAGAGCCGACACUCAGCAGUCCGCACGUACCGCGGAGGAAAUCACAACCAAAAGGUUCUUUUGUUUUUGGAGACAUGGCAGCGGGGAGAAUGCGAUCCACUCGCAGACUGCGCAACUGGAUCGUGGAGCAGGUCAGCAGUGGGAAAUACCCCGGGCUGGUGUGGGACGACGAGGCCAAAACUAUGUUCCGCAUCCCGUGGAAACACGCUGGGAAACAGGACUUCCGCAAAGACGAGGACGCCGCCAUCUUCAAGGCGUGGGCAGAGUUCAAAGGGAAGUUGACCGAUGCGGGGCAGGACAACCCGGCCUCCUGGAAGACCCGUCUGCGCUGCGCCCUCAACAAGAGUCCGGAGUUUAAGGAGGUGAUGGAUCGAGCCCAGCUGGACAUCUCCGAACCCUACAAGGUCUACCGCCUGGUCCCCUUCAGCGAGCAGGGUUUGGUGGUGCCCGAGAAGAAAUGCAAAGAGAAGCCUGGCCGGAGGUCGAAAAGGAGGAGCAGCAAGGCCGAGAGCGACGACGUCAGUCACGUCAAGAAGAUAAAGACGGAGGAGGUCACGUCUCAGCUGUGUGUUGAAGACCCUCUGCUGAUCCAGACAGAAGAGCCUGUGCAGCACACCACCACCAUCCAGAGAGACUUGGUCGAUGAGAUCACGCUGGACGUGCGAAUCGAGGAGAGCGUCCCUGCUCCUCAAGGAGUUCAGGACUCUUUCAACGUGGCGGUCCAUUAUUUAGGACAGGAGGUUCUCAAGCGUCAGAUUCAGGGCACUGACGUGCGGAUAACGUACCUGCCUUCCUCCCUCGGUGCCCCGACGCCAGCCGCCCUGAAAGUCCGGUUCCCGCGCAUCCCUCUGCCGGAGCCGCCGUCCACGCUGCCGGCCGGCCAGGAGCUGCAGGCGCUGUUCACCCUCCUGCCCUUCAUGGAGAAAGGGGUGGUGCUGACCUCCACGCCGCAGGGGGUGUACGGGAAGAGGUUCUGCCAGGGGCGGGUCUUCUGGACGGGGCCGCACACGACCACGCCGGGCCUGCACAAGAUGGAGAGGAACACUGAGCCGGUGCUGCUCUUCAGCAAAGACACCUUCAAGCAACAGCUGGAUCACUUCCGGACAAACGGCGGCGAGCCUCCUCAGUGCGGCAUCACUCUGUGUUUUGGAGAAGAGUUGAGUAACACUGAGGACCCAUCCAGAAAACUCAUUAUUGUUCAGAUCACUUUACCAUGGGCAGAGGAGCAGGUCCAGAACACCCAGUCCUUCUUUGAAUCCAUCACCAUCCUCCAGUCUCUGGCCAGCCAGUCUCCGCUGGGAGAAAUAACUCUGAACCUGGUCACCGUGCCGACGCCGACGUCUGAGAUGAACGCCUGUGGGACUCUCUGAGCACUUUAGGCAAGCGGUGUUUGUUAUUAAAAAAUAAAUAAGACAUGCCCCACGUUUGGACCCGUUGAGGCCACACGGGGCUGAGCGGUGGGAUUUUAUUUGUCCAAAUUAGAAUCCGAAUUCUCCCUGAAUGAUAGCCGAUGUCAAAAUAAGAGCCUCCAGUUUAUGAAGCCUGAGCAGACAGCACAAAACAAGACAAGAGCACUUAUAGAACAUAUAGAAAUCUAGGGAUUGGAGCUUUAAAUCCUCUGAAAAUGUGAUUUUUUUGGACUCUGGCCCCGUAUGUCCUCGUAGAGAUAAGUUGGUGUACUGGAAGCACUACGUGUAAACUAGCACAGAGCCGGUGGCUCCCAACGUCUGGGUCGAGACCCUCACCGGGUUCAAUCCACGUCGCCGACAUUCUGUAAUCUUUGCUUUUUUUAAACUGUUGAUAUAAAUUACUGGAUCAUUUGAGGCUUGCUUUACAGUUUGCACACAUUGUUUUAAAGGGGUCAAACGUUAAAAAAAAGUUGGGAACCACGGCUUUGAUCAGCUGAUAACCGUUUAUACUACAGCACUAUAGAAACCUUUACAUGUCAAAUAUUCAUUUUACUGUAAAAUAAAAGGGAAACACCAUAAAUAUAAUAAUAAAGUUGUAGCUGCAAUAACAAUCCAACGUAGUUCAGUAGAGCAGUAGUGAGAAAAAAAGUAUAAUCGUUUUUGUGACGUAAUUCCUCUUCAUCUAUUCCAAUCCAGCUCAGACUUAAUCCUUUUUCUUGGUAGAAACAAACAAAAACAUGAAUGUACAUACAAUCGUGAGUUCAUCGUUGUUCUUUUAAUAGAUGAAAAAAAAGGAUUCACACUGUUAACGAGAGAUGGGACAGACCGCUGCACUCACACAAAGCUGCGUGUCAGAAAUCAUCCAUUUCAGUGCAGUUUUUUUUUAGAAGUUAUAGUUAAUCUAAUUUACAAGAGUGUGCCCACUGAACCUCAACCGCCUGCUCUCCUGCAGAGAGUGAGUGAAACUUGAUUAGCGUUUUGAGAGUUUCAACAUAAUUCCGACAAGUUUUAAAACUGGAUUUCAGCUUAGGAGCAGAAACAUCUCAUCAUCCUGUACAGCAGCCCUGCAGUGAAUACACUCUGCUGAAGCUCAGAGUGUUUGUGUCUUUGUUGAGAGUUUUACCGAGUUUGCCAAACUGCAAAUAUCCUGUUAAACGAACGUGCGUUCUUGUGUGCAGCACUGUUCCUCUUUCUUCUCACGGUUGACUGUUUUUGAAAAGAACUGGCGAUGAUUUAUGAGACAUAUCCUCUUGAAAUGUUUAUGAAAUGUCAGUUUAGGUGAGCGAGGCUGCUGCACAAUAAACAGAGGUACGAACUGACAGAUUUCUGGUGCAAAAGCUGCAAAUAAUGCUGUUAAACUGUCACGUAACAGAGUAUGUUAGAAGAAGAGUCCAUGUGAGGCACCAAAACUUACUACUACCACCUUAAUCCUGACUCUCAACCUGAAUAAACAAACAUUUUAAGCUUCAACAAACCAGUAUUCACUGCAGGACUUUAGUACUGUAAGGUGUUUCCGUUAUUUUGUCCACCCCCUGCUGCUUGUAAUAUAUGUAGGAGUAACAGUAGUGUAGCAUCAGGUGACAAGACAGGGCCAAAGAUGAGUGCUAUCCACAGGUGCUUGGUAACAGUGUUAAAGGUGUUUUUAAAAAUAUUUUUUAAGGUGGAUUUUUCCUUUAAAUCAGCAGGGGUACUGGGCCGGACCACAAGGCACACUCUGGGGGGGUGGGGGGGUGUUUGAAGGGGAGGGGGUGGAAGACUCAGAGAUCUACCAAGCUGUAAAUAUUUAGUUAUUUAUGCAUGUUCUAUGUAAUGUUCCUGUUCAGAAAAUGCAUUAAAAUAAACGUCUUCCCUAAACUCUGUGAA